CACAUCACACCUCACUUCAUUGGCGAAGUCCAGUUACGUUGACACCGAGAAAAUGCUGAGUCUAAAGACUCUCCCGUAUCUUCACCGCCAACCCCACUCUCCCUUCGUCUCUCUCCGUUCCCGCUCCUCCUCCUUCACCUUCUCCGCCCGAGCCAUGGCGUCCGCGGUGGAGCACGUCGUCCUCUUCAAGGUCCGCGACUCCACCGACCCGUCCGUGGUCGACUCCAUGGUCACCCACCUCCGCUCCCUCUCCUCCCUCCCCGGCGUCGCCCACCUCUCCGCCGGGCCCCUCCUCCGCCCCCGCUCCGCCGCCGCCGCCCCCUUCACCCACCUCCUCCACAGCCGCUACGCCUCCAAGGGCGACCUCGCCUCCUACGCCGCCGACCCCGCCCACCUCGCCAUCGUCCGCGACCGCGUCCUCCCCAUCUGCGACGACAUCGUCGCCCUCGACUGGGUCGCCGACGGCGUCGCCCCCGCCCCCGUCCCCCCCGGCUCCGCCGCGCGGCUCACCCUCGCCAAGCUCAAUGAAGGGGCGGCGCCGGGGCAGGUGGUGGAGGCCAUGGCCGCGGCGAGGGCCAAGGGCUACGACGUGAGCUACGGGGAGAACUUCUCCCCGGCCAGGGCCAAGGGGUACUCGCUAGGGUUCCUCGCGGUGUUCCCCAGCGUCGAGGCGAUCGACGCGAUCGACGGGGGCGAGGCGGAGGCGUUGAAGGAGAAGGUGCGGCCGCUGCUGGAGAGCGUCAUGGUCGCCGAUUUCGUAGUUUCCGCCCCGCCCGCGGCGAGCCUGUGAUUUCGAAGGUUGGUUAUGCUCUCAAUUUGCUUCAAUCUCAUUUAAUUUUGCGAGAAAGUUUGUAAUUUGGUGACCAUGGAUGGAGAAUCUAAAGAUUCUAAGUGUUUUACUUGUCUCCAUUUCAACUUGGAAACUGGAACCAACAAAUAAAUGUAUGGAAAUUGUAAUGCUUCAGUGAUGAGAAUCGUCGAAAUGGGUGGAGUUUGCUCUCUAGGUUGGUGGCCAGAAGCUGUUUUAUCAGUCUGUUUUAAGUUUGGUUUUAUUGUUUAA